AAAAAAAUGUUGAGUAAUCAUCAAAUACUGCAUAAAUCCGAUGGAAACUAUUAAAAGAUUUAGAAGGCAUGUCUUGUAGGAAGAAAGCUAAUUAGAAUUUUUUUUAUAUAUUAUUAUUCUAGAGAAGAAAGUGAGAACAUAAAAAGAUGAGAUCGCAAAGUUGCCAGAGAGCCCUUCCAGACCCCAAAGCAGACUGGGAUCUUGAGAGUUCUGCCCCACUCUGGAAAAUAGUUACUUAUACAACAGUGCUAGAUUUUGGUAGCCCAUAUAACCUAGUUCUGGGACUGAGCAUGAGCUUUAUUUUUUGGAAUUGGCUUGAAGGAUAUUUGUGAGAGGCAUGUGAUGACGCUGUUCCCUUUUCCACAGAAGAUGGGCAAAGAGCAUCCAAUGAGUCAGGUAACAUAGGGACAGACUUCCCCUUCUGUGUUUUGGAAUUGCAGGGAGAGCUUUCUGUUCACUCACUCCCCUGGACAUUUGUAUAAACAAGAAGGGAAAACUAUCUGCAGGGAUAACCUGAGAGCAGUCAUCUGGAGAAAAAGAGGAUAGUAAUAAUAAUAAUAAUAAUAAUGAAAUAAUAUUAUUAUAAUAAUUAGUAUUUACAUUUAUUGAACAGUUUUUGUGUGCCAGUUACUGUUUAUACACACUUUACAUAUGUUAACUUUAAAGCCUCACAACAAAUCUGUUAGAUAGAUGGUAUGAUUAUUCUCAUUUCACAGAUGGAGAAGCUGAAGUACAAAGAGGCUAAGAUUGUGUUUACAGUUUCACAGCAAUUUACGUGCAAAAUCGGGAUUUGAUCGUAGGCAUUUGAGCACUGGAGCCCAAGAUCCAAAUCUAUAGGAUGGCUUUCUUAAAUGAGCAGAAGGAUGAAUUAUGUGGCUGUAAAUAAAUCCACUGACAUAAUAAAGUAAAGUUGGACUGUUUUAUGGUGUCACUGGAACCCUUGGAUAUAUUUAUAGCCAUGUUAACAGUCAUCUGUAUUUUUUCAGGACUUUUAUUUCAUUUCACAUUAUGAGAGUUUAGUCGUUUGGUUGUGUGUGUGUGUGUGUGUGUAUUUUGUUAUUCUCUCCCUAAAUUGCCUUUUGGAUCCCUGUGAGGACAGUGAAAGUAAGGAUUUCUACCCUUCAUUUUUGAAAAAAGACGGUUGUCACCUAAGAGUUCCAGUCUCACACAGACACUGACUGCUCUGACGCUUUCUGGCCUUCCUGUGUCUGUGCAGUCAUAUUAGAUGUGGCUGCAGAGAACAACUUGACAGGUGUCUCCUGCUGGCAGUGAAGUGGCAAGUCAGGGUCCAUGCAAGUGAGAAGAGGCCUGUGCAGAGAUAAAAUGUACAGCAUUGUGAGAGACAAGACAAUGGGCAGGGCAACUUUGCAUUAAGUUCCUGAUGCCUGACACAUUUAAGUACAAUCACAACGCUUAUUUUAGAAGCCAGAAGAUUCCCUCACACUACUUUAUAGCUGAGACACAGAGCAAAACAACACAAAGGAUCAGAUGGGUAAGAAUUCUUAUACCUUACCUUGGGACAUUCUCCCUGGGGGUGAUGAUGGGGUAGAGGAGAUUUAAAAAAAAACAUGGGGGGUGGUCUAUAAUGCCAAAUUCUGAAGUGUGAAGUAAUAGAGGGUUUGAAUUAAAAAAAAACUGCAUUCCAUUUAGAAAUUUAAGGAUCCAAAGAGUAGAGUUAUGAUUAUGUGGGGGUUUAUUCAAGGAGAGCAAAGCGUGGUUGUUCCCAUGAAAUUAUUUAUACUUUUCAACUUUAAAUUUGGGUGAGCAUAGCAUUUCUAAAUCUAUUUCUCUUCCUUUCUGUCUUAAAAGUGGGCUCUCAUCUUCAUCCUGUAGCUGUGUUCUUGAUUCCUAAGUGUUCCCUAUCAAGGGACCCAUUAGAGAGGGGCCAACUCAGGAGGAAAGUGGGGAGCUUUUCAUGGUAAGACGAGGGCAGCUGGAAUGCUAGCUUCAGGCAGUAUUUAGCAGAUACCACUGGAGCUAAAAAUCUGAAAAAGUACUAAUGGACCUGAGAAGAAUGGGAAUCAGAAAAGACAUUGAAGUAGAAUAUGUUGACUAGAGGGAGAGGCAGGAGGGACAGGAAACACAUGAAAAAAUUAACAGUGUAUUCAAUUGGAGGCCAUACAUUUUUCAUCAGGAUCAUUGUGAGAUGUCUCUUUAGAGUGGAAUUAGUAAAAUAAACCAGUCUCACAUUUGUCCUUUAAAAAGUCUUCUCAGUAUUCAACUGUGUCCCCAAAUGGGAUCAGCCUUACCGAUAUUCACAACUACUACUUUUGACAUUUUGCAAAAAAGUAAAUAGAUUAUAAGUAUGACAAAUGAAAUGAAUAGUUCCAGCUGUGAUGGACCAGCAGCAUUUCCAGAUUUUGUCCUCCGUUAAGGAUUUAUUGUCACUUUGUUGUCUAGCAGAGAAUUAAUUGGAAGGUCCAUCUAAGCUUCCUGUGCAUCCUUAGAGUGAAGUCAAAACGGAGUCUCCAACACUCAGUACCAAUUUAGAAAAGAUGAACAACAUUAAAUGGAGAGGUGGUGAGCUUAUCAGCUCUGGAAAUCUUGUCUCGGGAUCAAUGUCACUAAAGCCAGACAAAGGAAUCAGCACAACUAAUGGUAUAAGAACAUGUGAGUAUGAGACUGGCAAUUGAUUCAUGGGAUUUGUUCAUUCAGCAAAUAUUUACCGAGCUCCUAUUAUGUGCUGCCCAUUGUUGCACACACACAGGAUAUAGGGGAGGACAAGAUAGCAGCUCACCCUUCAGGGAACUUAUGAUCUUUUUUGAAGGCAAUAGACUGUGAACAAAUACACAGAUACGAUAAUUUCAGAAAGUGAAGAGUACCAUGAAAGAAAUAAAACAGAGUAAUGGGAGAGAAUGCCUUUCAACUUCAGAUGAGGGCCAGGAGGUGACAUUUGAAAUGCACCAAUUGAAACAACUUGGGGAGGAGCCUUCAGACAAGAGGAACUGACAAGACCCUUAAGGCCUUGGGCUGGUAGAGAACUUGGCACAAAGAGCAGAAAGACUGUCUGGGAGACUAAAGGGUAGUAAGUAGGAUGGUGUCUGGCAGGAGAUGGAGUUAGAUAAUUAGGCAUAAGCUCAGUCCCCUAGAUCCCCUUAGGGCCAUGACAUGGAAUCAGAAAAAGCCAAAAGUGCUGUGGGAAUCCAUCUGGGAAACUAAAUUAAGAAAUAAUUGGAUUGCAUGAAAAUGAUCAUGGAUAUUUCAGAUAUUACAUUUUUUACUGUUUUUUGUUUGUUUGUUUUUGCUAAUAAUAGCAUAAAACCCUAACCAUAUCCCUAAUCUUUUUGAGGAACUUCACCUUAUUUUUCUAGUGAACAAAGAGUUCCAUCACUGUGUGUCAGGUGCUAUGUCAGAUGCUGUGUAUUGUCUUCUUUAAAACUCCCAACAAGCUCAUAAGGGAUGCAUUAUCCACAUUUUACAGAGGAGAAAACUGAGGUCUAAACUGAGUAUUCAUAAAACCACUCACUUGCCUGUGUUCCUAAGUGCAUGUCAUGGAUUUAAGACAUUGUGUUUGUGGGCACACCCAAAAGCAUGAAAGACUUUGCCAAAGGGCCACUUCCUGGGAGGCUGUGUCCCGAAUAACCCUUAGCGCUGAGAGCCAGGGCACUUAGAAUGAUUCUGUGCACCAUUUACUAUAUGGGUAGCUUGGAGCUUUUGGAGAACACCACUUGCAGAAUACCAAGUCACUGCCAUAAAUUCUGAAAUGAACUUGAUAUAUGACCUUGAAGACAAACCACCUGUAAGCCUGGUAUCUUUAUCUGUUAAAAACAUAAUACUACUUCUUCAAUAUCUCCUUGAGGUGUCUCAAGGAUGACUUAGGACCGUUUUAAUCCAUGUUCCUUAUCUUUAGGGGGUUUGAAACGAGAGCAGGGGUAUGUAAUAAGUGCUAUAAACUCCCCUUUUAAAAAGCCACCUAAAUACAAUAUAUAUGAUACAACUUAACCAGCAGUAUUAUUCACUCCCCCAGCCCCAGUGUAAUGGGCUUUUUAACCAGUAUGAGUAAGAGGGAGUUAAAGCCAACAAGUCCCGGGUGGAAACGGGCCUGGCUUGAGAGGGCAGCUCGUUGGGUUUGCACCUACUGCUUUGCAUCACACAUAGUGGAGGGGUGGAGGCCGCCUGCUCCAGAAUGUCACUGUUCCCUGGCACAGCCCUGGGUCAGCCCCCUUCUGGAGUCACAGAUGGCCAUGAGAGGACAUGUGCUGCCACUCAGGCUCUUUCCUGCAGGUUCAGUCUGGAUGCAAACCCCACCAUGCUCUCUCUGGUACUUAGAGCCCAGGGGACUUCAUCCACCUGAGGCAGCCCCUCCGUGGCUGCUGUGAGACAGGCUAGCCACUCCUCUUUGGCUGACAGAUGUAUCCAUAGCCUCUUCUAAAGUUCUUUGACCAGGAUAGCGGGUGAAGGCGCUAACCGCUGGCUCUCAAAUUCCAAGAACGUCCUGUCCACUGGGGAGUGGAGGCUACCUUCUCGAAGGGCUGCCAGCCACUGAGCCCUUGACCUUCCGAAGUCCCUGGCCACCCCUCCUCCUUCAGUUUUGAGAGCCAGGAUGCGGAUUCCGUCCAUUCGCCCCUCGUGGGUGUGGCCUUGGGCACCUUAACCGUGGGAGAAACACGCCUGGAGAGCGGCCACCGGAGCCACCGCCAGGCGAAGAGGAGCGUGCGUGUGGCACCACCGCGUGCAGCAGCUCCAGCGCUCCCGCUGACUCAAGGGGUUUAUUUUUACAUCUAUUUGGGGCUACUUCAGCCUUAGCCUCCGCUGCCUUUAGUUUUCUUCCCAAACUGCAAAAGGUGCUUUAAUCGCCCGAGUUUGGAUUAACGUGCCUGAAAGAGGAAGGGGGGACGGGUGCUAAAGAAGGCGCAGUGUCGGUCUGUCUGUGGCACUGCACGCGCGCGCGCACACUGCCGGGCGGCAGGCGGGCGAGGGGAGGGCGCCCGGGCGGCGCGCGGGAGGCUCGCGCGGGUGUAGACGAGCGUGUACUGAAUGGGGAGGGCCGGGAUUCCGGGUGGCUCCGGCCCCUCCUCCCUCCGGAGCCAGCCAGUCCCUCGGCAGAGCGCUCGGGCCGCACUGAUUUGCUCUCGGGAGUGCGCUAUUUGCAUAUGACUUGCCCAUUUGUGAAUCUGGCUCCCCAAGUCCUCGCUUCACUUCACCUGUGCCUCCCUGCUCCGCGCACUUGGCAGGCGCCCGCCUGCCUCCCGGCCACCUCUGCCGCCCGACGGGCACCUCCUCUCGAGCUCUCCCAGAUUUCGCCCACCCACCUCCCUCCGCCCCGUGCAGCAGCGUUGGUUUCGGUGGCUGCUCCGUGCUGGGUUCCUCCUCCUCUCCUCUUUCCCUCCGGUCCUUCUGCUUCUCUUCCUCUGGCUGCGGCUGCUGCUGCUGCUGCUGCUUUGCAUCCAGUGGGGAAACCCAGGAAGCAGGAGGCUGCUCCGUGGCGCUUGUCCAGAAAGCUCAGGGUUAACAGCCUCCCUCCGCCGAUACUCUCAGGAACACAAGAAGAACUCUUCCACCUGCAACCCCCCUUUGCCUGGCAGUUCUGCAUUGCAUCGCAUGGAAGUGGAAACAGAAAAAGAAAACAAAAAUGUUCAAACUCUUUGGAUGUUGGGAUAAACUAACCUGAACCUAUUUGGGUUUCCUGCUGCCUCCUCCUCUUUCUUCGUUUCCACCUUUUUUUCUCUGUGGCUUUCCGAAGUGUGCAGUUAAGUCAUCAGACUGGAGGUGCCUAGACAUCAGGAGGAAGCCUCGCCGGUCCUCCCCUGCCAUGUGUGACAUGCCGGGGCUCCCGAGGAGGUUUGCUAUACCUGGGUGGACUCUGGAAUUCUGAAUUUCAGCCUCCGGGAGGGAGGGCUUUGCCUUUUAUUUUUUUUUUUUUUUUAGAAGUAUCUUUUUUUCCCCUCCUUUUAACUGAUUCAUCAUUGUCUCCAAAGUGCUUAUUGCUUCCCUCUUUCCAAAAUUCUGGCAACUCUUCCCCCUGCUAUGAUGGGCCCUUGGGCAUCAUGAACUUCGUUAUUCCUCACUGGCUGGAAUUCAAACUGCCCAUCUGUAGUGGUCCAGUGCGUUGACCAUGCACCUGAGAAUCCACGCAAGACGGAGCCCUCCUCGCCGGCCGGCCUGGACGCUUGGGAUCUGGUCGCUCUUCUGGGGAUGUAUCGUCAGCUCUGUGUGGAGUUCCUCUAAUGUAGCUUCCUCCUCCUCUUCUUCCUCCUCCUCUUCCUCACCGGGGUCUCACUCUCAGCACGAGCACCAUUUCCAUGGCAGCAAGCAUCACUCAGUGCCUAUUUCUAUCUAUCGCUCCCCUGUUUCCCUUCGAGGAGGGCACGCUGGCGCUACGUACAUCUUUGGGAAAAGCGGUGGCCUCAUCCUCUACACCUGGCCAGCCAAUGACAGGCCCAGCACACGCUCCGACCGCCUUGCUGUGGGCUUCAGCACCACUGUGAAGGAUGGGAUCUUGGUACGCAUUGACAGCGCUCCAGGACUUGGCGACUUCCUCCAGCUUCACAUAGAACAGGGGAAAAUUGGAGUCGUGUUCAAUAUUGGCACAGUUGACAUCUCCAUCAAAGAGGAGAGAACCCCCGUAAAUGAUGGUAAAUACCACGUGGUGCGCUUCACCAGGAAUGGAGGCAAUGCCACGCUGCAGGUGGACAACUGGCCAGUGAAUGAACAUUACCCUACAGGCAACACUGAUAAUGAACGCUUCCAAAUGGUAAAACAGAAAAUCCCCUUCAAAUAUAACCGGCCCGUAGAGGAGUGGCUGCAGGAAAAAGGCCGGCAGUUAACCAUCUUCAACACUCAGGCGCAAAUAGCCAUCGGUGGGAAGGACAAAGGACGCCUCUUCCAAGGCCAACUCUCUGGGCUCUAUUAUGAUGGUUUGAAAGUACUGAACAUGGCGGCUGAGAACAACCCCAAUAUUAAAAUCAAUGGAAGUGUCCGGCUGGUGGGAGAAGUCCCAUCAAUUUUGGGAACAACACAGACGACCUCCAUGCCACCAGAAAUGUCUACCACUGUCAUGGAAACCACUACUACAAUGGCUACCACCACAACCCGUAAGAAUCGCUCUACGGCCAGCAUUCAGCCAACAUCAGAUGACCUUGUCUCAUCUGCUGAAUGUUCAAGUGAUGAUGAAGACUUCGUUGAAUGUGAGCCCAGUACAGCAAACCCCACGGAGCCGGGAAUCAGACGGGUUCCGGGGGCCUCAGAGGUGAUCCGGGAGUCGAGCAGUACAACAGGGAUGGUCGUCGGCAUUGUGGCUGCUGCCGCCCUCUGCAUCUUGAUCCUCCUGUACGCCAUGUACAAGUACAGGAACAGGGACGAGGGGUCCUAUCAAGUGGACGAGACGCGGAACUACAUCAGCAACUCGGCCCAGAGCAACGGCACGCUCAUGAAGGAGAAGCAGCAGAGCUCGAAGAGCGGCCACAAGAAGCAGAAGAACAAGGACAAGGAGUAUUACGUGUAAACACGACAGCCCUGACGACACGUGAAUUCGAAACAGAAUCAUUUACAUAGACGUGCAUAUACAUACUGUGACCAUGCGAUGGAGCAGGUGUCAGAACUGCGCUUACCUGUGUGAGAUGGGGUAUACAUGCCAUGACUCUGGUGGAGGAUACCGUUUUUUUUUUUUUUUUGCAAAGGACACUCACAACGACGUAUCUCUCCACGAAGUUCAGCCGUGGCUGCUGCGUUUCGGUCGUCACUCGGAGGCAGAGAGCUCCUCCUGCCCUGCUGUACCAUAAAGCACACACUUCGCGCCCUGGAGCAAGCCAAUGGCUCCACCGCCCUCGCGGACUAGGAAGCUUCCUUCUCUUGAGGACCUUUGACAAAAGGUGGAAGAAGACUUCAUGGCUUACUUGUUCCAUAACUCCAAGUGAGUCUGUAAUGAUGUUUGUGAAGCUUGACUGUAACAAUGUUUUUGUUUUUGUUUUCGGUUUCAUUAUGUAAAAAACCAAAACUUAAAAAAAAAAAAAAAAAAAACAACAACAAAAAAAGAAAAAUGUAAAAAAAAAACAAAAAAAAAAACACAACCUUUAUCUGGUUUUGGCCAGUGUACGUGUAACUUUUCAAGAUCUGAGGGGAAAAAUGGCUUUUGGGUUUUUGUUUAUUUUUUUGAGAGUGACUGGACAUAAGAAGAGGAAAAAAAAAAAAACACUCAGAAAACAAAAGUGAGAGAGACUAUUGCCAUAUGAACUCAAAAGCUUACCAUGGUGUUCACUCUACAUAUCAGGUUGUGGUGUCUCUAGAAUCCGUUGUUUGUUUCCUAUAAGAUGCUUUGCUGAACACAUAGCAAAAUUCAUGGGAUGGAUGAUAAAAUUGAUUUGAAAAGCUGGUCCCCCAGGAUCUAAUUCCAGAAUUUGCCACCCCAAACCCUAAACAGAUGGGUUUAGGUCUGGUUUUAUCAGAGCUAUUGGCUUUACUUAACAAUAUUGUUCCUGUCCAUUAACCCAGCCAAAUUGUGUUAAAGGGGAAAGCCCCACUAACUAAACCAGAGCCUUUCCCAGCAAAGGGGAAAGGGGGGGUGUGGGCUGGAUCUGUAACUGAUUGAAAUGCAUGCAAAUAAAAACAAAAAAGAAAAGACAAUAAUAAAGUUUGUUGAAUAAUCAAAACAGACAAUAGGGGAGUUCAACUUGUGAUGGAACCACAAAAGGUCACACAAGCCAAACAUGUCAUGACAGAGUGCAAAAUACAUAGUUCUUUCCCUUCCCCCAACAUGAUAAUGGUUUUCAUUGUGGUUUAAUUUUGUAGCCUGACACAUGUGGACAACUCUAUCCUUCCAUUUGCUCACUUCUCCCUUCACCCAUCUUUUUUAAAAAACAAACAAAUAAAUAAAUAAAUGAAUAAAGCUGCUGUGACACACAAAAAAGGAAUUUAAUAGUAUAAUAUAUAUAAAUAAAUAUAUAUACAGAUAUAUUUAUCAUGGUAUGUUUGAUGGGAUGACUGACACAGGAAAUCUGUUAAAGUCUUGAAGUGGAAUGAGAAUGUUGUUUUAAAAGAAAAUAAUAACACAACAAAAAAGUAAACCUUAAAAUGUGAAGAAAGUGUGAGUUUUAGUUUUGUCACAGUUAACUGUGUCAAAGAGAAUUUAAAAAAAAAUCUUCUCAGAUUUUGUUUACAUAUUUUACUACAUUUUUGCUGGUAUAAUUCCUUAGCCAACUAUGUACAUACUGCUUUAAGAACUGUUUUUUCCUUUCUAUUUGUUUAUUUCAGUUGGUUUGGUUUAUAUUCCAGUCGUCUAUUUUUUUCUUUUUGUAAAGAGGAAACAAUGUACAGAAAAAAACAAUACACUGGUUGUGUGGCCAUAGCUAUCCAAAAAGCAAGAGACAAAGCAAGACAAAUAUUCACACAAAAAAUGAAGUGUGUCCUCUGGAGGGUGAGAUAUAUACAAUUUCUUUUGUACAGAUGAAAAUCAAACAGCUGUUUAGAUUUAGAAAUCUAUUCUUGCUGGUCUUUGUAAGUUGCAUGAAUAUUUGACUUUGAAAAAAUAUCUUAAAGAUAUGGGGCAAAAGCGCAAUCUAAAUGAUAGCCUUUACUAAUGUGUAUGGAAAGAGGUGUUCCUCAUUAUCUAAUAUUCUAAUGUGUUAAGAUUUUUUGAUUUUUUUUGUUGUCAUUAAAAAAGACAGGAUUAUAAAGAGAUAUCAAAGCACGAUUUUAGAUAACCUACAUGGCCCAGUCAAUAUGAAGUUGAUUAUAUCUCGAUGUCUGUAAAAGAUUGCUAUUGUUGGAGUCUUGAGGUCUUGUGAACUGAUUUCCUGCUUUCUUUACAUUUUUUACUUUGAGUAAAAAUACAUUUGUCACAUUCCUUUUCGUGUAAGUUUCUAUUUGGACAAUUUUAUGGGAACAUGUGCAUUCUGUAUGUGAACUUCUAUCAUACUCCUGUUGUUUUAUUAGCAGACCCUAAAGGAAUUUAUUUUAUGACGUUGUGACGUUACUGCUUUUUCUUUUUCCUUUUCUCUUUUAUUUCAUAUUUGCAUUUUUGUUCAAGGAUAUGCUUAGCAAUAAAAUGUUCUUCCCAAA